CCCAUUGAUACGUGUCUAACUGCUCGUCUUGGAUCAUCCUCCUCCCUUUUGCUUGCAUUUUCUCCCUACAGACUGCCUUUGAGCUGUCAUUAGCACACAGAUCAAGAUGGUCGCUCAACCCGCCCGCGGGCAACUCCAGAGGGUCGACUCGCAACCUGAAAACCCUUACUCCGGCCUGAUUACCGAUCAAUCCUUCGUCAUCAUCCCUUCCUUCACCCUCGAGUCCGGUGUUACCUUGCACAACGUUCCCGUGGCCUACACGACGCGGGGUGAGCUCUCCCCCGAGGGCGACAAUGCAUUGGUGAUCUGUCAUGCUCUCAGUGGCAGCGCCGAUGUCGCAGACUGGUGGGGUCCCCUGCUGGGCGGUCCCGGACAGGCGUUUGACACCUCCCGGUUCUUCGUCGUCUGCUUGAAUAGUCUGGGCAGUCCGUACGGAAGUGCCAGUGCCGUCACCUACAAGGAUGGUAACCCCGAAAACGGCCUGUAUGGCCCCGAGUUCCCUCUCACCACAGUCCGUGAUGAUGUAAAAAUCCAUAAAAUGGUGCUGGAUGACUUGGGUAUCCGCCAAAUCGCUGCCGUGGUGGGUGGUUCCAUGGGUGGCAUGCUCACUCUCGAGUACGCCUACUUCGGCAAGGACUAUGUGCGCGCGAUCGUUCCGAUCGCCACUUCGGCCCGUCAUUCGGCUUGGUGCAUCAGCUGGGGUGAGGCCCAACGCCAGAGCAUCUAUAGCGACCCGAAGUAUGAGGAUGGCUAUUACCCGUUUGAUGAUCCGCCGGCCACAGGCUUGGGUGCGGCGCGCAUGUCCGCCCUUCUCACCUACCGGAGUCGCAACUCGUUCGAGUCUCGCUUUGGCCGUAAUGUGCCCGAUCCUUCCAAGCGACAGAACAUUAACGGCACCGAACGGUCGCCUACCCCUCCCAACGAGCACUGGGCCAUCCACAACGAUGGACACAAGAGCGGACGCAGCUCGCCUGGUCCUCAGCAGCCCGAAGUCCAGCAUUCGGAGAUUCAGUUCCAAGACCCUCAGUUCUCCGGAGCCAAGACCUUCAGCAAGACCGUCGAGGCCAACGGCCAGAAGCGGCUCCCUACUUAUUUCUCGGCGCAGUCGUACCUUCGGUACCAGGGCGAGAAGUUCGUCAAGCGGUUCGAUGCCAACUGCUACAUCGCCAUCACCCGCAAGCUUGACACGCACGAUGUGUCCCGACACCGGGCCAGUUCGGGAUCGGAGAACCCCGUUCGUGAAGCCCUGUCCCAGAUCGAGCAGCCUUCUUUGGUCCUGGGCAUCGAAAGCGAUGGCCUGUUCACUUUUGAGGAACAGGCGGAGAUUGCGGCCGGCAUUCCGGACUCUCGCCUGAAGCGGAUUGAAAGUCCCGAAGGUCACGACGCCUUCCUCCUCCAGUUCGAGCAGGUCAACCGCUACAUCCUCGAGUUCUUCCGCGAAGUGUUGCCCGACAUCAUGUCCAAGGCACCGGCGGAAGGUGCAGUGGCUGUGGACGGUGUGAACAAGCUAACCAAGAGCAGCACAUUCGGCGAAGCGGAGGUGGAAGAUAUCACCGCGUGGUAACUGACCCGCAGGACCCGAUAUACAGUGGCGCAUUAGUUGCAGCCUUUCUACACUCUGCCUGACGGCGGUGGGCAGGCCAAGCCUUUCUCUCGGCGGCGAGAGGACGCGCCGCGGCUUCGGACCCCGCCAGCUCAGCGCCUUGGGGAAGUAGCGGUGCGGUCUUGUUAUUUAUUAUUCUAAGCCAGUCAGGGAGAUGAGCAUCCAACUGCCUCUCUCGUUUCCUCACAGGUAAGGCUGUAAAGAAGCACUUAACUGCUCUCCAUCAGAAACCCUCGAUCCAAUUCGGGGUGGUGGGCGACUUUGACAAAAGCGUUCGAUCGUACAUAAAGAAUAAAUUGUUUGAU